AUGGAUCAAGAUGCUACAAAACGAAGAAAAACAGAUGACAAAACUACAGAUAUAAGUCUAGAUGAUGUAGAUGAAAUUGAUAUAAAUUUAGACACUGAUGAAAUACUAAAUUUGGAAGUUGAGAAUUAUGAAAAAGGCUUUAAAGAAGGUCAAUUACAAUCAUCAAGAGAUGAAUUAUUAGAAGGAAAACAAUAUGGAUAUCAAACUGGGUUUCAACGGUUUUUAAUAGUAGGAUAUAUACAAGGGUUAGUAGAGGAUUGGGAAACUAAGAUAGAUCAAUAUGAAAAUGUGAAAUCACAUUUAAGUCAAUUACGAGCGCUAAUUUUCAAUAUACCUACGGUGAAUGAUGACAAGGAAGUUGAAAUUUAUGAGAAAAAUCUAUUGAAAGCAAGAAAUAAGUUAAGAACAAUUGCAACUGUAUUGAAAGAGAAUUGGAAAAUUAAUGAACUUGAUAAUUUAAUCAAAGAAGUUGGUGGCAAUUUACAAGUAAGUGAGCAUCUUGACGAAAUGUGGUAA